AAUCACUACGGACUCCUUCAGCAACUCAACCAAGCUGUCUCCAACUUUCGCAUCUGUCUCCAACUUUCGCAUCUGUCUCCAACUUUCGCAUCUGUCUCCAACUUUCGCAUCUGUCUUUUUUGCGGUCGAGUUUACAAUCAUGGCCAAGGACAUGACACUUCUCUGGGGCUCCGGCUCUCCUCCGUGCUGGCGUGUCAUGAUCGCUCUGGAGGAGAAGAAACUGCAGGGAUACAAUCAGAAACUUCUGUCCUUCGAGAAAGGAGAGCACAAGUCUAAAGAAGUCCUGGACAUCAAUCCCAGAGCACAGCUCCCUGCUUUCAAACACGGAGACAACAUACUCAACGAGUCGUAUGCAGCGUGCAUGUACCUGGAGAGCCAGUUCAGGUCCCAGGGAGCCCAGUUGAUUCCUGGGGGACAAGCAGAGCAGGCCCUGAUGUACCAGCGCAUGUUUGAGGCCCUCAGCCUCAUUGACAAACUCUCUAAUGUCAUCUACUACAACUACCGUGUCCCUGAGGGAGAGAGACAUGACUCUGCGAUCAAGAGGAACAAGGAGAACCUGACCACUGAAAUCAAACUGUGGGAGGGAUACUUUCAGAAGAUGGAGGCGGGUUCUUACCUGGCAGGAAAAGCCUUCUCAUUGGCUGAUGUUAUAGUCUUCCCUGUGAUUGCUUACGCCUUCCGCUUUGGGCUGUCUGCAGAGCGCUACCCCAAACUGGGAGCGUACUACGCAAUGCUGAAGGACAGACCCAGUGUUAAAGCUACCUGGCCCCCACACUGGCUGGAAAACCCUCAGGUGGGGGAUGCGCUCAGGGAGUUCUGAGACUCACACCUACUCAGGAACACGCAUAUUAUCUUAAUCUAUGUAUCCUUUAUGUCACGAUUGUAACUGAAAGACAAAGGUUCCUUUUUUAUGCCGGUUUCUUCAGAUGAGUGUCAGUCAAGUAGUUUUCCACCAAGCGAACACCACCAUUUUUUUUUUGCGUUUGCCUUUUUUUGGUGGUUUUGUAACAAACAAGUGCUGUUUUUAUAACAUUAAACACCGUGUUUUUUUUUUAACAUGGCUUUAUAAUACCAGUAUGUCUCCAAUAUCAUUCAGGGGUCUUGUGUGUGUGUGUGUGUGUGUGGAAUUAAAAUCAUACCAAACACUGCUA